AUAAGCAUGUCGUCAAUAAGUCUGCUGACGUCAUCGUUGGGGAGCUGCAACCAACGCUGUUUUGUUGGCCCCUCGGUCCUCAAACAACUUGACGUUCCAGUUGGAAGUUGGUGCAUCAUCAAGCAGAACGGCUACAAGAGUGUCUGCUCUUUAUGGAUCAGAAACGACAAUCAAGAUGGACCGAUAGAUGUCCAAGACACAGUUACUCUUUCCUGUUCAAAAACUGAACCUGGUUUCCGAAAGACUAGCAUCUCUGUUGAAUCUAUUAAACCGGUUCCCAAACCAGCUUCGUGCUCGGAGGUUGUCGUGACUGUUAUCACCGACUUCAAGUAUCUGCGAAGUCUUCAGCAGGUGUCGAGGGAGGCCGUGACCAGACAACUUCGGCACCUAUUGAUGGGUUCCGCUGUGGCGGAAGGGUGUACGGUAUCGCUACAGUCCGGUUCCCAUUUUGCGGGACCGAAGAUAUCCCACGUUGUGGUAGAAAAAUGCUGUAAGGGAACGACUAAAGUUGAUGCGCCCGAAGUAUUAAAACACAGUGAAGGAAAGGAACGUUUCAGAACUUCGUUGUUGGGAGAGACAUCUUUAGAAGAGGAAUCUUUAUCUUUGUCCUCCAACUUGGAAAAGACGAAUUUAACAACAUCGUCGAUCACCGAAGACCACCCUUCCCCAGUGUCAUCCGUUGAUAAUGCUUUAGUCGAUCUUGCCCCAAAUUUGUCAUUUGUAACGUGCGACAACACAAGCAGAACGGCCAGGGAAUGCGCAAAUGAACCAACAAAUUUCGCAAAGACUACAUCUUUGUCAUCAUCCGUGACUGAAGGCUCGGACUCAAAUCUUCAUUUCAAAUCCAACGAUUCGGAGACAGAACCUCUCAGUCAAGCACAGUCUUCCGAUAGUUGCUCCGACAAAGAUGUUCUGCUGAUCACAGAACGAACCGAGAUCGAAAUCAAACACAUCACAACUACGGAAACUUUGCAACAUGUUUACAGUCGCGCGAGAGUAAGAGUUGGUGGGCUUGACGAAGCGAGGUCCUUGCUUCGAAAACUCAUCGAGUAUCCUACGGAAUACCCAGAGUCGUUAGGGAAACUCGGACUCAUGCAGUCGCACGGGAUUCUGCUCAGGGGACCGCCGGGGUGCGGCAAGACGUCGCUCAUGCAGUCUGUUGCUUCGGAAUGCAAGGUAUGCCUCCUGCAAAUUAACGGAGCCGAGAUAUUUGGCGCAAGUCCCGGAGAGAGCGAAUCUAACCUACGCCAGAUAUUCGAGAAAGCCAAGGGAGUAAGCGAGACGCAUCGCUGCGUUCUAUUCAUCGACGAGCUCGACGUCUUGUGCCCGAGGCGGGACGUUGCCGGCGGUAGCCACGAAGGUCGCGUUGUCGCGGAGUUGUUGAUGCUCAUGGAUGAGGUCAGAGGUCGCGGUAAGAUUCUGGUCGUCGGGGCGACGAGCAGACCGAAUGCUCUGGACCCAGCACUGCGACGCCCGGGACGGUUUGACCAGGAGGUCUUAGUCGGCAUGCCCUCGACAGCACAGAGGGUUGCCAUACUAGGAGCGCACUGUGAGGGUUUAAGUCUUGCCGGUGAGGUAGAUCUUCGUGAGCUGGCUGAACGAUGUAACGGGUUCAACGGAGCAGACUUGGCUUGCUUGUGCCAGCAGGCGGUGUUCCGUGCUUUGGAGAGAUCAGUCGGAGAAUCCUCGAAGCCGUUGGAGUGUCCUGUUGUGAAGAUGGACGAUUUCAUUGGUUCUCUGAGUCAUGUGACACCGUCAUUGCACCGUGCUGCAGGAUCCGUUGUAAAGGAGCUACGGCCAGUGCCGUGGGAAGCCAUCGGAGGACUAGAACAAGUCAAGGGACAACUAAAACAGGCAGUGGAAUGGCCUAUGACGCACUGGCAGCGCUUUGUCCAUCUAGGCCUCCGUAGCCCGUCGGGCGUAUUGCUCUACGGCCCGCCGGGUUGCUGUAAGACCACGCUAGCCCAGGCCGCCGCGACGGCGUGUAACGCGAGUUUCCUGGCGGUCAGCUGUGCCGAGUUGUACUCGCCGUUUGUGGGCGAUUCAGAGAAAAUCAUCGCAGAGGUUUUUCGCAAGGCUCGAUUGACUGCUCCAUCCAUAGUCUUUCUGGACGAGUUAGAUUCUUUGAUUGGUGGGCGGGGCAUGGAAAAAGGGCGUGGCCUGUCGGAACGCCUGCUGUCAUGUCUGCUUGUUGAGAUGGACGGAAUAGGCGUGGCUGCAGAUGAAGAGAUCCCAGUUGGGGGCGUGAGCGACAAAAAAACUCCGGCAGAAUUCAAGAAACCCAAUGUUCUGGUGGUUGCCGCUAGCAACAGGAUUGACCUGAUAGAUGCGGCAUUGCUCAGACCCGGUCGCUUUGACUGUCUCAUCUACGUGCCACCACCUGAUAAAGAGGCAAGGCAGAAGAUAUUGGAAGUUCACACCAAGCGUAUGCCGCUAGCUGAAGAUUUAGACUUGAACGUGUUAGCGGAAGCGACUGAUAUGUACACCGGAGCUGAUCUGGAAGGGCUGUGUAGGGAGGCCGGGCUCCUAGCUCUUCAGGAACACGGACUGGACAAUGUCGACUCGUGUCUGCUGCAUCAACGACACUUUGUGACCGUGUUAGACUGGUGCCGUCCAUCCCUAAAUGAUGAGCUGGUGGAAAGGUAUCGGAAACCAGACAGCCUAAGGAAAUAUGAAAUUGGAUGACACAAUGGUUUUGAUUUUGCUACAUUUAUAAAAACAUUUUUUUAAAUCCACAUCACUAUUCUCCCGACCUAUUAAGCAUUUUUUUAAAAGUAGGUUUAUCAUUUGUCGUUUUUUUUUUCAUUUGAAACAUAUACAGGGUGAGU